AUGGAUCAGGAUGAAAAGGAAUAUACCCAGCCAGAGGUGAGAAAAUCUUUGACAGAGGAACCAAGCCCCUUGCAACAGGGUGUCAGUUCACUGAAAACGCAAAGUCUUGGAUAUCCAGGGAGCCAUGGACAUCUGGAAGAAAUAGGAAAAAGUGUAAUUUUACCACAAGCCCACCUCGGGCAACCACAAAAUCUUCCAGACAUAACAGCGGCCGGUAGCUAUAGUGAAGAUGGAAGCAGACAGGCUGUGGCUGGCCAGUAUCAACCAGAAAGCAGACCUAUUAGCAGGCAAAGUGAGGACCUUGAGAGGACACUACAUGCAGAUGCUAAACUGCUGACAGCUGGAACUGUAGCGCCUGAAGAGAAUAGUGCUCAGUGGAUGAGGAAUGCAGAGUGGCUACCACAUGAUGACCCCACACAGAGAGAUAGACAAGGGCCAGAUGUAGAGCAGCCAACAAAACGAGUCAAAGAGCAAUGGGGCUCACGGCCCGUCACACAGUUUGAAUUUCCAGCUGCUCAAAACAUUCUACAAGCUGGACAAGACGGACAAUAUCAGGCGCCACCAGAGACCAUGGUGUCUGAACAGGAAGCGGCAGUCUCGCAGGAUGCUGUUGCUGUCACCUCAUCCACAAGGCCAGAUAUCCUUACUGCAUCAACAAUGCGAAAACGACAGCAGCAGAGGGAGUUAGCUCAGUCACUGGGCAUUAAAGCGGUGUACAAGAAGAAGCGGCAAUCGAUGCACUCCCACCUCACUCCAGACCUAGGGGAAUCUGCCGCAGUUCAAUAUAUGAGUUCAAAUACACCAGGUCUUGGGUCAGUUCCCAGUGAGCAACUCGGCCCACGGAGCGGCCAACGGCCUGUCACGCAGAUCCACUUCCAAAAUGCUGAGCCACCAACCCUUGCCUCUCAACAACUGCCCUUGCCAACCGGUGGGUCACCCCCGCAAACACCACUACCUCCUGACAUCUCAAGUCGUGAAGUCCCAGAGGUAUUUUUGGAUGAGGAAGAAAGUAUAGGAAUGGCAGGCAAGCAAGACUUGUCUCCCAGGAAAGCCCGAGAGGCUGCUGGGGCUCCACCUGGCCAAACUCCGCAGGCUGAGACUUUAGGGCUCAAGCAUCAGCUCCCAAAGUCCACAGCCAAGAAAUCCUGA